AUGGAGUGUCAUUAUAGCAAUAACGACAAAGCUACCGCAUCCGGGGGAGCCGAUGCGCCAAUACCGAGGAGCCAGGGUAUUGGUGGAAAGACAUUGACUGGCCAAAAAAAGGAAAUCCCACGACUCCUUACACCUAAGUCGAAACUGCGACUUGGAUCGUGGAACGUGCGGACCGCCUUUCACUGCGGUCAGAAAGAAAUCAUCGCAAGGGAGUUGAGCAAGUGCCGGGUUACUGUUGCAGCUUUAUCCGAACUGAGGAUCAGCGGCUGUGGAACGACAAGAGUGCAGGUUCCUGCUACGGACGAUUGGAUGACACUGUACUACUCUGGCGGUCAAGAACAUCGUGAUGGUGUUGGGUUCAUGCUCAAUAGCCACGCAUCAAAAUGCGUCGUGUCGUUUCAACCCAUCUCGCCGAGAAUAGCAGUGAUCACUUUGGGCGGAACCGUCAAGUCGCACAUAGUGAGCGUAUACGCUCCGACGGAACCGAGCGACGACGGUAUGAAGGACGAAUUCUAUAUGCAGCUCCAAGACGUGCUGGACAGCAUUCCCAGAAGAGAUCUCGUUAUCGUCACAGGCGAUCUGAACGCUAGAACUGGCGCCGACAGAACCGGAUGGGAACCUGUGAUGGGCCGAUUUGGCGUAGGAGAAAUGAACAACAAUGGUUUGCGGCUGCUUUCGUUUGCCACGUUCAAUGAUCUGGUCAUCGGCAAUAGCCUAUACCAGCAUGCACGAAAGCAUCAGCUGACAUGGAGAAAUCCAUCUGGUCACGAUUCAGCAGCAGUCCUGGACCUCCGUACUAAAUCAAUUCCAGCAAUCCUCCAUCCCCGAUACGAUGCUGCAACUGAAGAAGGCCCGAUUGCGUCUCAGAUCACACCUACUACGACAUCAGUGCAGCUGCCGCCUAAAAGCCUGGCAUGUCGAAACCCCCGGCACACCCAAAUUGCACUGUCAAAUCAGUUUGCUGCGUUCACGGAAGUGGGAACGGUGGACGAGGAAGAACGGCAGACUGCAAAAGUCAUUACCGAAUGUGCUACACAACUGUGCCCAGUUUUGCGCCGACGGACUAAACCAUGGAUCUCGGACGAAACAUUGCAGUUGGUUGACAAAAGGAGGAAGGUGAAGCUGACGAAUGGCACUACGUAUCAGCUACUCAGUAAGGAGCUCCGCAAGAGACUAAAAACAGAAAGGGAGGCCUACUGGAACGCAGUAGCGGAGGAGCUCGAAGAAUCGGCAUCCAAACACGAGUAUCGCAUGCCGUAUCAAAUUCUGAGAAGACUGUGCGGCAAAACCAGAGCAUGCGGAACCUUCAUCAAAGACGCAAGUGGCAAACUCGUGAAGUCAGAGAGGGAACGCUUACAGAGAUGGAGAGAGUUCUUCAUAGAGCUGUACAGCCACGAACUGCCCACAGAACCGUUUCCAGAGCCAGUACCGAUAGAGAUGCCACAGGAACCAACACACGAGGCGGCGCCAAGUAUGGAGGAAGUGAGGGCGGCGGUGAUGUCGCUGAAGAACAGGAAAGCGGCUGGUGUAGACAAUGUCACAGCAGAAGCGAUUAAGGCAGGAGGAGAAGUAUUGGUACAACGGCUCCACCGUCUUAUGUGUCGCGUCUGGCAGACGGAGGUUGUUCCUACGACGUGGAAACGCUCCAUCAUCGUGCCAAUACACAAGAAAGGCGACAUAACGGAAUGCAAGAACUAUCGCGGCAUAUCACUCCUGUCAGUCGUCGGGAAGGUUUUCACAAAGAUCAUCAACGCAAGACUUCAGCUUCAUCGAAGAAGCUUAUGCCGACCGGAGCAAGCGGGUUUUUGCCCUGGCCGUGGGUGCAGUGACCAGAUCUUCGCGCUGAGGCAACUACUGGAAGAACGUAUUCGUUGCGGCAAAAGGGUUGUGGUUGUUUUCAUAGAUUUCAGAGCUGCAUUCGAUAGCGUCCACUGGCCAGCGCUAUGGAAAGCCCUAGAGUGUGAACAUGUUCCGGACAAAAUUGUGAGGCUGUUGCGGGAGGCGUACAAUGGAACUGUCAGCUGUAUCCGCGUCAAGGAUGACGUCUCUGAAGAAUUUCCUGUAAGUGCUGGUGUUCGUCAGGGUGACGUGAUCUCCCCUACGUUGUUCAACGUGGUAAUGGACGCUGUCAUGAGGAAAACUUUCAACGGAAGGCAAGGCGUGCAGUACGGUGAAGGCGGCUUUCUCACUGACCUGAUGUUUGCCGACGACAGCGCAAUUUUCGCCGAAACUGACGAGGAAGCGACUAACAUCAUGUGCUCACUGUCAGAGAUUGCCCAGUCGUAUGGCCUCAAAAUAAACGCGGAAAAGACCAAGGUGAUGACCUCGGAUGGAUCGCCCGCGUCCGUGCGACUGGGUAGCGUCGCCUUGGAGCAACAAGUUGAGGAAGACCUUAGGGCUCUGAGGUGCAGUGUUGAGCAUGCUAGAUGUAUUGCUGCUAAUCGACCAGAAUGGAGACACUUCAUUCAGGGCGUUCGUACUCCAAUGGCACCCACAGCAGUGUACUGGUUGAGAGGCCGGCCCCCACCACCAGACGCAAGCUAA